AUGGUUUUGGAUAUACUGUGUAAAGAACGACACAAGAGUUCACAAAAUCAUAGAAAGAUUUUAGAGAAUUACCCUCAUGUGGAAGAAUACAAAGAAAACCUUAUAAGAAAGAUAACAGCCAGUACUAAUUACUGCACUGUGUGUAACGUAAUAGUGUUGUCACAUUUUUUACAAAAACACGUACUCGCUGAAGCUCAUAUUAAAGAGCUAAACAAAGCUUUAACCAGAGCAGAAUCUUAUAAGGAACGGAUUUCUCAAUCUGAUGAAUACCCGCCUUUAUCUAAUUAUAAAAAUAAAAUAUAG